GGCAGUCUGGUCAUUCGCGCGAAAUACGUCUCUGUAAAUUUGCUAACCAACAAGGGCUUUUCUGUAAUUUGCCCAUUCUUUUUCAGUUCUCUUCAACGCAAGGGGACAGAAGUAGCUCCGAACGGAAACAGCAGCGAUGGCUGCUGCAGGCGAAGAAGACAAAACAGCGAAAAUCCCAUCUUCUUCAUCAGAGGGUUGGAAGGAGCGAAUUUACAUUCCUACCCUCAUCGCAGGGAUUGUUGGUGGAGGAGCAGGGUUGGUUUUGAAACGUCAGAAAUCUUAUGGGGUCGCAAACCUGUCUGCAACUUACGCUGCCAAUCUAGCAAUUGUCGCGGGAUGCUAUUGCGGGGCACGUGAAUUUGUAAGAGAAACUCGAGCUUCGGCACCCGACGACCUCAUGAACUCUGUGAUAGGUGGGGUUGCUAGUGGAGCUCUUCUCGGGCGGCUUCAAGGGGGGCAACUUGGCGCAGUUCGCUACUCGAUCAUCUUUGCACUUGCAGGGACCGCACUGGAUUUCACUGCUCUUCGACUAAGACCUCUCUUUCAGAGCUCUGAAGAUCCCACGACUGCAGAGAAGUCGCAAGAGAGUUCUAAGAGUGGUGAGUGGAGGUGGCCCGAAUGGUUGCCCAUCCAAGUGCUCGAUGAGGAAGCUAUGGCUGCCAAACAGGCUCGAGAACAACAGUUGUAUGCACAAAGAGCGCUCGGUAAACUUAGUAAAGAAGAAUCUUGAUAAUUUAAUCCUUAUUUUAUUCUGGAAUUAAAUUGUGCUGAUAAUAGCGAUAGUAGAAGAUUUUUGGGUCUUUUUUUU